CCUAUGGACCCGCGUUGACCCAGCAUGGGCUACAACGGGGGAGUUGGGUAAUUGCUCCCGUUGCAUCCUGUUUCUGUCUGAAAACCCUUCUCUUUCUGAAUCCAUCUUUCAGUCUCUCACGUUCUGUCUCUCCCCUCCUCCUUCACCUUCCCUCCAUCCCUCUCCCUUGCGCACUUGCCGGGUACCAACUGAGUGCAUCCUUUUCCCAAACCUGCUCUGCUUCCAAGGGGCCCUUUUCUGUCUCCUCCACCUGUGCCCAUGUUUUGGGGACUGCCUGGAAAUCUGGGACACCCUCCUGAGGAGGGAGCUGGUGCCCAACAGCACCUCUUAGGAUUAACCCAGCCAGCUGCGUUUCUGGCCUCUGCAGAAUGACAUACAGAAGGCAUUUUAAGCAAGCGAGCUGAGCUCGCCGCAGGACUCCGACUACCAGGCACCAUUUUCAGAUUUCUCCAACCUCCUUGGUCACAACUUCAUGGCGUGCCAGUGCUCUGAAAGCACCUCCCUUCUCAACCAGGAAUCCUUCACCUGCUUCUUUCCCCAGAUGUGCACAUCCAGGCUCUAGAGGAUUGCAAAGGGCCCGGUAGAAUCAAAGAGGAAUAUACUUAUGCCACUUCCAGGGUGGCAGCACGCAAAGGGCGUCCCUGUCCCUCAAGGGGUCAUGGCCUCCAUGUUGCUCGCCCAGCGCCUGGCCUGCAGCUUCCAGCACAGCUACCGCCUGCUGGUGCCUGGAUCCAGACACAUUAGUCAAGCCGCAGCCAAAGUCGACGUUGAAUUCGAUUAUGAUGGGCCUCUGAUGAAGACGGAAGUCCCAGGGCCUAGAUCUCGGGAGUUAAUGAAACAGCUGAAUAUAAUUCAGAAUGCAGAGGCUGUGCAUUUUUUCUGCAAUUACGAAGAGAGCCGAGGCAAUUACCUGGUUGAUGUGGACGGCAACCGAAUGCUGGAUCUUUAUUCCCAGAUCUCCUCUGUCCCCAUAGGUUACAGCCACCCUGCCCUGCUGAAACUCAUCCAACAGCCUCAAAAUGCGAGCAUGUUUGUCAACAGACCCGCCCUUGGAAUCCUGCCUCCGGAGAACUUUGUGGAGAAGCUCCGGGAGUCCUUGCUCUCGGUGGCUCCCAAAGGGAUGUCCCAGCUCAUCACCAUGGCCUGCGGCUCCUGCUCCAAUGAAAACGCCUUCAAGACUGUCUUCAUGUGGUACCGGAGCAAGGAAAGAGGGCAGAGGGGCUUCUCCCAGGAGGAGCUGGAGACGUGCAUGAUUAACCAGGCCCCCGGCUGCCCCGACUACAGCAUUCUCUCCUUCAUGGGCGCGUUCCACGGGAGGACCAUGGGUUGCUUAGCGACCACGCACUCUAAAGCCAUUCACAAGAUCGACAUCCCUUCCUUUGACUGGCCCAUCGCACCGUUCCCACGGCUGAAAUACCCUCUGGAAGAGUUUGUGAAAGAGAACCAGCAAGAGGAGGCCCGCUGUCUGGAAGAGGUGGAGGAUCUGAUUGUGAAAUACCGGAAAAAGAAGAAGACGGUGGCCGGGAUCAUCGUGGAGCCCAUCCAGUCCGAGGGUGGAGACAACCACGCAUCCGAUGACUUCUUUCGGAAGCUGAGAGACAUCGCCAGGAAGCAUGGCUGCGCCUUCUUGGUGGAUGAGGUCCAGACCGGAGGAGGCUGCACGGGCAAGUUCUGGGCCCACGAGCACUGGGGCUUGGAUGACCCAGCAGACGUGAUGACCUUCAGCAAGAAGAUGAUGACUGGAGGCUUCUUCCACAAGGAGGAGUUCAGGCCUAAUGCUCCUUACCGGAUCUUCAACACCUGGCUGGGGGACCCGUCCAAGAACCUGUUGCUGGCUGAGGUCAUCAACAUCAUCAAGCGGGAGGACCUGCUAAAUAACGCAGCCCAUGCCGGGAAGGCCCUGCUCACAGGACUGCUGGACCUCCAGGCCCGGUACCCCCAGUUCAUCAGCAGGGUGAGAGGACGAGGCACCUUUUGCUCCUUGGAUACUCCCGAUGAUUCCAUACGGAAUAAGCUCAUUUUAAUUGCCAGAAACAAAGGUGUGGUGUUGGGUGGCUGUGGUGACAAAUCCAUUCGUUUUCGUCCCACGCUGGUCUUCAGGGAUCACCACGCUCACCUGUUCCUCAAUAUUUUCAGUGACAUCUUAGCAGACUUCAAGUAAAGAAGCCAUUUCCACUACAGUGAGAAAGCCCCGAUCUCAACAGUUGUCAAAUUGAUUAGUUUGCCUAAUUCAUGUUUUCACUUAAAAGUAUCAGAGGUGAAUGCACAGUGAAGGGUGAUUUGUGGGGAGGGAACAUUUUUGGUGGUCUCGGGGGAGGGGAGGGGAGGGAAGGGCUGGUGUUGAUUUUCCUCCCUGCAGAGCCAAUGGUGCACAUUGGUUUAAGCCCAGAGAUCCUGCUUGAGCCCUGGACUCAUCUUGGAAAGGGCCAUGGGAGGUCCUGGCUAGAGUUCUGCCUUGACCAACCUUGACCAACCCCAGCAUUUUUUCCAAAAGCCAGUCAAGGGCAUUACAUUUGUUCCUGGGACUGGCAGCUGGGCCUCCUGGAUGCCAGUCCAUCUCAAGUGCCAUAUUCUGUGAUCACGGAUGUUGGCUCCCCCUCACCCUAUGCAAGCAAACACACUCUCACCUCCUCACCCAGCCCCCCAGAGCUCGAGCACGCCCCACGCAUGGUGCAGGAGGGACUGGACAGAUCUGAGGAAGGCCGUAAAAUGGGGACAGGAGGAUUCAGCUCAGGGGUAAGGGAAGAGGUCCUCUGGCCCCCUGAAGAUGAGAAUCACUCCUCUCAGUGCACCUAGGGAUCCCCCUAAACUAUGAAUUCUGCCCUGGACAGGGCUUUGCCCUUGGAGGAUCCCCAGGUGGCAUCACCCGUGGUUCUUACUUGGCAUCCUCCAUUCCCCAAACUCCCUCCUCCCUGUUAAAUGUCAACCUAGACCUGGACCUGGGCAGGAGGAAACUGUAGCCUGAGUGUCCACAGGGACACACGUGAGCCCCAGGGCUAGAAGCACAGGCCUGCCACCCCAGGAGGAAAAGCCCAGGGUCUGGGGCAGCAGAGCCAUUGCAUCAUGUUUCCCAGGGCACCUUGAGGUCUGACUUUUGGCUCCCUCGCCCUAAGAGGCUCUUCCUCUCUUUUACUCAUCCACCUUCACACCACUUCUGAGCAGACCCCCAGGAACAGCUUGGCUGUUCCACCAGAGCACAGGGAAUCAUUGCUGGACUGGAUUUCUUCUGGAGGGAAGCACCAUGAAUUAAAGGUGCCAGAGCUCCAUGCAUGGAAAAGUGGCCUGUUGGUUCAACGUGGUUUCCUUGUACUUGAUCCUCCUGAAAUGGGAGAUUUUCCUGAGAUGACUGAGUAUGGAGAUUACCAGGCAGAUGAUACCGAAAUGCUUAACGGGGCUGUGGCUGAGGUUGUAGCAUCUCUGCUGGAGGUGAGACACUCUGGGAACUGAUUUGACCUCGAAUGCUCCUAAAAGAGAACUUGAUAGCCUGACAGCAGUGAAGUAUUAUUUGGUGGGGACUCUGAGAAAGCCUAGCUUGUAUUAUCUGUCCAAAAGGAAGCCUCUUCAUCUCCUGGUGCCUUGGUUGACUAUUUUGGAAAUAGGCAUAUCAAGGUUCCUGAUUCAGCACUUUGCUCUUUUAAUAACAAAUCAUCCAAAGAUCUCAAAGUAGGGGUUUUUUUUUAGCUUCCACUCUUCCGCAGACUUGGUCAUCGACCUAUUUUUGUUGAGGAAUGAAAGGCAAUGACAAGUUUAACAUAUACAAAUUAGUGAAUUCUUGUUCAUUUUGCAUUCCUGCAGUCAGUGCUAAUCCAUCGUUCUUAAUCACGAGUUCUGCCAGGUUUAAGGUCACCUGCACUCCCAGCUAAAUGCCUCCCACUCUCUGCAAGGUUUUCCUCGUUUUUAUAUUCAUUUAUUCAUCAUUCAUUCAUUCAUCUAACUUGCAUUAAAUACCUGCACCAUCCCAGGCCCUAUGCCGAGCAUCAGGAAUACAAAGAUGAGAUAAAACAUUGUUCCUGUCCCCGGGGGCUCACAUGCCACUGGAAACAACAGACUUAAACCAGCAAUUCAAGCAGGCGCCAAGUGCUAUGACAGAGGUGCGAGUAAAAGCAUCAGGAAAUCGGAGGGAGUACCACAAUUCACCCAAGGGUCAGAGGAGGUUUCAAAGAAAAGGUGUCAUUGGAGCAGUGUUUUGCAGAAUGAGCCAGAGUUCACCAAGCAGACAAGGCAAGGAAGAGUGUUGCAGAGAGGGAACAGCAUAUGCAAAGGCAUAUCAAUUCAUGGCAUCACAUCUUUCACUGGGGAGCCAGAUUCCACAGGCAGUAUCCCAAGGUUCAAUAAGGCCUUAUUUAACAAGCAAGCAAAAUGCAAACCAAACCAUUAUUCAUUUAUUGGCUUAAGUAUGCUUUCUCCUGAAAACUUUAGCAUUGGGUGCAAAUAUUCAGUAUGGUUCUCGGAGUCCAAAGGCUUUUAAGCCAGGGCACAACCAGAAAAUUGGCUCUCUUUGGUAGGGAGAGGGGCUCCAAUAUUUCGUUCUCUCCCCAUGGGGCACUGACAAAGAAAUGAAAUCGUUUUAUCUGGAAAAUUCCAGAUUUAUUAUUUACUCCUUACCAAGGGAAGUUACUUCUUGUAAAAACUUUUAAGCCAUUUAUCAACAAGUUCUUGUUGACUCAGGGCAUAAUGAGUUCCUGAGACAUCCUCUUUUGGGGGCUGGGGCUUUAGCUGGAAGCAUUUCAAGGAAAAGAAUUCUCAGCAGAGCUCAAGAUUGUAGAAACGCAGCAGAAGCUGGUAAAAACAUGGGGAGCCCGGAGGACAGGUUGCUGUCCAGGGCAGGGGACCAUGAAGAAGUGCUUCCGUGGCCAGCAGUCUGGAAAUGAAUCCAUCAUACAUUAGUGCCAUAGAGUUUAGUAACCGUCCAGCAAGUGUCGUCACUUUUACAGCAAACAAGGUCCAGUAAUAGCAAGUCUUAGUACAUCCUCACUUUUAUUAUAAAUGUGUGUUUUUUAAUAAUUUUUACUGACGCUCAGUAACCAUGCAAAAUUGUGUAUAGCAUUAAUGUAUCUAUAUAGCUAUACCUAUCUAUAUAUCAGCUCAUGGUAGAAAACCAUAGCUAAGUAGCAUCGCAGACUUACGCGUACAAAGUGAUCUUGUUUACAAGUAAUCUGUUGACAGUGCCAAUAAAUAACAAAAAAUUAACAUGUCACAAUGUAACGGAUGACCAUAUACACAAUUCCAUGAAUUAAAUCUGUUUCCUGUGUUAGUCAGUAUUCUUAAAUAAAAUUUAUAAUUGAAA